CCCGGCCACGGUUGGGCCGAGCGAGUCAAACCCAGGACCCUCCCUCGCCAUUACCACUGCCCAGUGCUCACCUCCUCUCCCGUGGGUGGCGUCCUCGCGCGCCCAUGGCGAUCUCGCGCAUCCACCCCCUCUUCCUCCUGCUCCUGCUCCGCGCCUUCGCGUUGCUUCCCACGCAGGCUUCAGCUAGAGGCGGCCACGAUCUGUCAGAUUAUGGAGACAAUGGGCCAGUUUCACGCAACCUGCUUCAAGAUAAGCCUCAUAUCACGGAAGAAAUGGCUCGUGGAUAUAUGAGCAAUGCUGAGCUUGAGAUUGCUGUACAUGCCUUUGGAAGUCGUCGUUCAAAUAUCUCCAGGAUAUACAGCAUUGGAAAGAGUGUGAAUGACUUUCCGUUGUGGGUGAUUGAAAUAUCGGACAAGCCCAGGCAAAGAGAAGCUGAACCAGCAUUUAAGUUCAUCGGAAAUGUUCAUGGUGAUGAGCCUGUUGGAAGAGAGGUUCUUAUGCAUCUUGCGAAUUGGCUGUGUAAUAAUUAUCUGAAGGAUCCAUUGGCAACUCUCAUUGUGGAGAAUAUGCACCUUCAUAUACUUCCGACAAUGAACCCAGAUGGAUUUGCUCUUAGAUGGCGUGGUAAUGCAAACAAUAUUGAUCUCAACCGAGAUUUUCCUGACCAAUUCUUCUCCGUUAACAACGAUAUUAACUACAGACAACCUGAGACUAGAGCAAUUAUGAACUGGGUAAAGCAAGAACACUUCACGGCUUCUGCUAGUUUACACGGGGGUGCUCUUGUUGCUAAUUAUCCAUGGGAUGGAACUAGAGAUACAGGUUGGGACAAUGUUGUUGUUGCCAUCACCAUCUCUGGCUCUAAUCAGUAUAAUUUUGUGUCAGGGGUUCAUGGAAGGAUAUUUGCAGCAGAUACUGGCAGGCCUGUACCUGGCUCAGUGAUGAUAAAGGGCAUUGAUUCCAAGGUAAGAGCAAGCAGGACUUUUGGAGAUUACCAUCGAAUUAUUGUGCCUGGUGAGAAAUAUGAAGUUAUGGCAUCCAUGGAAGGCUUCCGACCAAAAUCCACGCGCAUUGUGCUGGAGCAGGAAGCUGUCAACCUUGAUUUCAUCCUGGACCCGGACGGAGCUGAUGGGCAGUUGAAGCUCCAUAGUGACUACGGUUGCCACUGCGGCAAUACCAUGAUGUUCCAUGUUCAAGAAGCUCACAUCUGGCUGUACCUUCUUGUACUGUGUGUUCUACUGACCCUCUAUUUGGUCUUCAAGAGGAAAACCGCAUCAAGGCUGCUGGCAUACAGAUACUCACCCAGACGGCCUGUUGCUGUGUAACAGGAGUUUUUUACACUCUAGGACAGUUUUGUAACUUAUAGGUUCUCACCCAAAUGGUCUGUUGUAUAUGCUGAAGGAUGUUUUUGCAUCAAUGGAAAAUUUUGUAUCAUGGAAGAAUAUCACAAAUUGUAAGGCA